UAAACGUUGUAUUUAUGUAUUCAUAUUGAACCUCCUACUGCAUUCUGCAGUGCAAGUGUUUGGACUCUCAGUGCCGCUGUUGACCAAUGUAGAGCCUAUCCCCAUCAUUUGUUACAUUAAACAGAGAAAGAGACAACCAUACUGCACACAGGCUUCGUCGCAGAAACCGGGAGAUUUCCGCGCUGCGAUUCAUUUAUUUUGGAGUCAAGAAACACGAAGAUAAUCAAUAUUCCUCUGGAACACUUUGUAAUAGAGGGACCUUAACGCUUUGGAAUAUAUUUUUACAUCUACAGUAUUUGUCGACUCUAAAAUGUCGGACAGAACAAUGAGACGGCAAGUACUGUUGUUCAUUUCGAUUUUUAUGCUAAACUCAGUAUUUGGGCAGGUUACCUACUCCAUUCCUGAGGAAAUGUCAAAGGGCUCUCUAGUUGGUAACAUAGCGCAGGAUUUAGGGCUAGACGUGAAAAGAUUGAAGUCGGGUAAAGCUCGCAUAUAUACAGAGGACAAUGCAGAAUACAUCGAGCUGAAUAAAGACAGAGGAGCCCUGCUUGUGAAAGAGAGGAUCGACAGGGAGGCGCUCUGUGGACAGACAACACCAUGCGCUUUACAUCUUCAAAUUAUGCUGGAAGACCCGAUUGAAUUCUUUACAGUUACAGUCGAAAUUAAUGACAUUAAUGAUAAUGCACCCAGCUUCAAAAAGGAUGAGAUGAAAUUUAGGAUUAGUGAGUCGGCUGUGAUUGGAGCAAAAUUUGUGCUGGAAAGAGCAAUGGAUCUAGAUGUCGGUGUGAACGGAUUGCAGGGUUAUUCGCUAAAACCUAAAGACAACUUUCAUCUAAAAUUCCAAAAUCAGCAAGAUGGGAGUAAAAAGGUGGAGAUGGUUUUGCAAAAACAUCUAGACAGAGAGGCACAAGAUCACCUCUUUUUAACUCUUACAGCUGUUGAUGGUGGUGAUCCUCAGCUGUCAGGAACAAUGCGAGUAGAAAUUUCCGUGCUAGACGCUAAUGACAAUGCCCCAGUAUUUACACAGGAAGUAUAUAAGGUUACUAUAAUGGAGACUGCUACGAAGGACACAAUUUUGAGUACCGUUAGUGCUGUAGAUGCAGAUCAAGGGUCAUAUGGAAAAGUAUCAUAUUCAAUAACAAACACGUUGGAUGAUGUCCCUGUUAUGUUUCAAAUCGACGAAGAAAAUGGUGUGGUAGUUUUAACUGGAACGCUGGAUUAUGAAAAGGCACAGCACUAUGAAAUACACGUACAAGCUAGUGAUGAUGGAGGACUAACAGAUUCGUGUAAGGUUAUUGUUGAGGUGACAGAUACGAACGAUAAUCACCCGUCUAUUAAUGUCAUGUCUAAAACGAAUUCAAUAUCAGAAAAUUCUCGGCCAGGAAUGGUUGUAACUAUAUUUAAUGUGCAAGAUCCUGACUCUGGAGAAAAUGGUAAAGUUGUAUGCAAUAUCGAAGAAAACAUGCCAUUUCUGAUGAAAACAACGUCGAAAAAAAUCUUCAGCCUAGUAACCGACAAUGAAUUAGACAGGGAGAAAGCCUCGGAGUAUAAUAUAACUGUGACCUGCUCUGAUGAGGGAGUGCCCUCCCUCUCCAGCAGCGUCACUCUCACCUUACAGAUCUCUGAUGUGAAUGAUAACGCGCCUGUCUUUGAGAGGAGCUCAUAUGAGGCCUACAUUGUAGAAAACAACACACCAGGUCUCUCUAUAUUCACAGUGAAAGCCAGAGACGCUGACUGGAACCAGAAUGCCCGUGUUUCUUACAUACUGGAGGACUCCUCUGUUAACGGAGUGCCAGUCUCCUCAUAUGUGUCCGUUAGUGCUGAUAGUGGAGUCAUCCAUGCAGUGCGCUCUUUUGACUACGAGCAGAUCAAAGACUUCCACUUCCGCGUCAAAGCGCAGGAUGGAGGCUCUCCUCCACUCAGUAGCAAUGUGACUGUGAAAAUACUGAUCCAGGACCAGAACGACAACCCUCCUCAGGUUCUGUACCCAGUCCAGACUGGAGGCUCUCUGGUGGCUGAAAUGGUGCCUCGUUCAGCAGAUGUGGGCUAUCUGGUCACUAAAGUGGUGGCUGUUGAUGUGGACUCUGGACAGAAUGCCUGGCUCUCCUAUAAACUGCAGAAAGCCACAGACAGGGCGCUGUUUGAAGUGGGCUUACAGAAUGGAGAAAUAAGAACUAUCCGCCAAGUCACUGAUAAAGAUGCUGUGAAACAAAGACUGACUGUUACAGUGGAGGACAGCGGGCAGCCCUCUCGUUCAGCUACAGUCAUUGUUAACGUGGCGGUGGCGGACAGCUUCCCGGAAGUGCUGUCUGAGUUCACUGACUUUACACACGACAAGGAGUACAAUGACAAUCUGACUUUUUACUUAGUGUUGGCUUUGGCUGUAGUUUCCUUCCUCUUCAUCACGUGUUUAGUGGUUAUUAUAUCAGUGAAAAUCUACAGAUGGAGACAGUCUCGCAUCCUGUAUCACUCCAAUCUCCCUGUGAUUCCAUAUUAUCCACCACGUUACUCAGACACUUUGGGGACAGGGACUCUCCAACACGUGUACAAUUACGAGGUGUGCAGGACGACUGACUCCAGAAAGAGUGACUGUAAGUUCGGCAGAGCUGGUAGUCAGAACGUGCUGAUAAUGGACCCCAGUUCUACAGGGACGAUGCCGCGGAUACAGAGUGAAAAGAACAUCCUGGAUGAACCAGACUCUCCUCUAGAGGUUAGAAAACUGUAACAAACACAAUGUUUAAUUUUUAUACAAAUCAAAGUCAUGCUAUUGGUGCAUUCAUUUCAUAAGGAAGUUGGCUGCAGUUGUAGUCCAGCGAACAGCAUAUAUAAAUGCCUGAGGAGUUCAGGUUGAUGCGUCAGUGUUCACAUUCAGCACAAUGGACAGCGACACU